UUGUUUGAAUUGCAGUUGACUGUCCUGACAGUAUACGUAUUUCUAUACGGGCGACUUUACCUCGUUCUUAGCGGGCUUGAUGAGGGCUUGGCUACUGGGAAAAGGUUCAUUCACAACCAUCCCCUUCAAGUAGCUCUCGCCUCGCAGUCCUUCGUGCAGCUUGGGUUUUUGAUGGCACUACCUAUGAUGAUGGAAAUUGGUCUUGAAAAAGGAUUUCGAAACGCGCUAAGCGAAUUCAUCAUGAUGCAGUUACAAUUAGCUUCCGUUUUCUUUACUUUUUCGCUCGGAACCAAAACUCACUAUUACGGAAGGACUUUGCUUCAUGGAGGUGCUGAGUAUCGCGGCACAGGUCGCGGUUUCGUCGUCUUCCAUGCGAAGUUUGCUGAGAAUUACCGUCUUUAUUCUCGCAGUCAUUUUGUGAAGGGCAUGGAGUUGAUGAUCUUACUCGUCGUUUACCAAAUAUUCGGGCAACCUUAUAGAUCCGCAGUUGCUUACAUAUUUAUCACUGCUUCGAUGUGGUUUAUGGUUGGGACUUGGUUAUUCGCUCCAUUUUUAUUUAAUCCUUCUGGGUUUGAAUGGCAAAAGAUUGUUGAUGAUUGGACUGAUUGGAACAAAUGGAUAAGUAACCGUGGUGGGAUCGGAGUGGCGACGAAUAGCAGCUGGGAAUCAUGGUGGGAGAAAGAGCAAGAUCAUCUGAAAUAUUCGGGAAAGCGAGGGACCAUUACGGAAAUACUGCUAUCUUUCCGCUUUUUCAUCUAUCAAUAUGGGCUUCUCUAUCACUUGAAUAUAACCAAGACAAAAAGCAUAUUGGUAUAUGGCAUUUCUUGGCUUGUGAUCGUGAUAGUAUUGCUCGUCAUGAAGACCGUAUCUGUCGGAAGGCAGAGAUUCAGCGCCAAUUUUCAGCUUGUUUUCCGGUUGAUCAAAUUCCUAAUCUUUGUUACGUUCAUGUCUAUUCUGAUCAUCUUGAUUGCCAUCCCUCACAUGACCUUCCAAGAUAUCAUAGUUUGUUUCCUUGCUUUCUUGCCAACUGGUUGGGGCAUACUUCUGGUUAGUACACUACCAUUUGAACUUUACCCAUCAUAU